AUGCUACACGCUACAUAUAAGAGGGCCCAAGAUGUCAUCAGGUCAGAUGAGGAUGACAUUUCUGGCGGUUCCAAGGCUCCAGUUCUGAAGAUGAACUGGGCAACAAUAAUGUGCUGGACCCUUCUGCUGCUAGCUGCUUUCUUUUGUGAGAACGUCACCAGCAAAGGAGGCCGCGGUGGAGCCCGCGGAGCAGCACGUGGGAGGGGCCGAAGCAGCAGCAGCAAUAGCCGGAUGCGGAUGAAGUCUGCCCCACGCUACAGCUCCUCGGGCUCAGCCUUCCGGGUGGCAGCUGCUGCCUCAGCUGGAGCUGCUGCAGGGGCAGCUGCAGGGGCAAUCGCUGGGGCUGCUGGGAGGAGAACAUCUGGAGAGGUAGGCAUGAACGACGGCUUGGAGACGGAUUUCUACUAUGGCAACCAAACCAGGGAAGGAGUCUACAGCUACAGGUGGACAUCAGGGACUGACCCUUGGGGCAUGGAACCCAAUCUCAGCCUCUGCUUGACACUGGGUUUCUUUCAGCUGUUUCCUCUUUAG